GGUGGGACGGCGGCGUCCUGUCGGGGCGCGCAGGCGGCGGGCGCGGGGCGGCCCCCGGGCGGCGCGGCCGGCUCCGAGGGCGGCCUCUCCCUUCCCUCCUCAGGGCGCGGCGGGGACGGGCCCGCGGCGGAGGCGGCCUCGGGAUGGCGGCGUGAGGCGGAGGCACCGCGCCGGAACUUGGAAUGAUCUUGGAAUUCAUGAUCUUUGGCAGUUAAACAAAGGCAGAGGGCAGGAAUGAGGACCACUGAGAAUUAAUAAAUUAGUACAAAUGAAAGUAGCGAUACUUCAGAUGACAGCUGUCGAUGUUGACAUCUCUUCCCACCACAGAGCUGGCUGACUUAAGGUUCUGCUCCUGUGAUUUACUGUGCAGAGAAACACGGAUCAUACUGCUGCCUUCCUGCUUACAGUCUGACGUUUUACCCCUCCCUACGUAACAGCCUGCGCGCCGGAGGAGUUGCUGGAGACUGUUCUGGAGCACAUCUGAUUGCUGCUGCCACAAGGCCCCAGCCAGCCAGCCACAAUGUACUGCCUUCAGUGGUUGCUACCUGUCCUGCUCAUACCCAAGCCCCUCAACCCAGCGUUGUGGUUCAGUCACUCAAUGUUCAUGGGCUUCUACCUGCUCAGUUUCCUCCUGGAACGGAAACCUUGCACGAUUUGUGCCUUGGUCUUCCUGGCAGCUCUAUUCCUCAUCUGCUACAGCUGCUGGGGGAACUGCUUCUUGUAUCACUGCACAGGAUCCCAGUUGCCGGAAUCAGCUCACGAUCCCAGCAUAGUGGGCACCUAGAAAACAAUAAUCUUCCAGUCUGCUGAGGGCUCUUGUUUUGCUUUUAAAAAGGGGGUG